AUGGAUCAGUCAACAUUUUUUCACACUCCUCAAAACGACGAUCCGAUUCCAUUAUCAAGCAACUCCAAAAAUAACAGAUCUAAAUCAAAUACGUUCUCAUCAUUCUCAUCAAUAUUUUCGAAUUCGCGACCCAAUAAUUUGUUUAAACGUCGUUCAGAAGUUUAUGAAGAAACAGAUGAAUUUACCAAUGGAUGUUUUGGUUUCAUGAGCACUUUAGGAUCAAAAAUAAAGUAUAAAUUGCAUAAUAAUUGGAUAUUCGUUAAAACGAAAUGUAAAAAAUGUAAAACGAAGAGAAGAAGAUCAAUCAAUGACGAAUGUAGAUCAAAAGUUAGAACAUUGAAUCAGUUUUAA